AUGAACAUGACUCCGAGUCUGACGAGUCUGAGCAGCUCAACUCGGAUUGAAGUGGGCGCAGAAAUCAGUUUGCAGCCUGCAGGGCCUAGCAGCAUCAUGGCGCUGAAGGCAGCUUCCUCAAUAGUUGAGCAUCAUGGCUUCUUUCCCGUCCCAGCUGCCAAGCUCGGGACAGAUACACGGCACAACUCAUCUGGAGCACGUUUAGGCUGCAGCCACAAAAUGGCUUCUGCACUUCCAUUGCGGCAUUGCAAGUUCUUCGGAGUCGACAGUGGGGGUGUAUGUCAUUGGCACAGACGGUGCAAAAAGAGGCAGGGUUUGGCAGUCAGGAACGAGGUUGCUCGCGUUGAUAAGAAGCCUGUACCACCAACAGCUCCACCAGUAAAUGAGCCCCUGCAUGCAAAGGAGAAGCAGCUGGUCCUAGACGAGAGACUACUGGACGGGCAGAUACGAAGGUACACUUUACGAGGAUCGCAAUCUUCAGUGGACAUUCUGAAAGGGCGCACCCAGUCUGACAGUGGCGAGAAUGGAGCAUCCGCUUCUUCCUCCACAGCUAGCAGUGGCAGUUCCUCGCUACCAAGGGCGCUGAGAGAUACGUUCCUUCCAGCAGGCUACCCAGACAGUGUGACCGAGGAUUAUCUGCCGUACAUGCUGUGGAGCAUUCCAGUGCACAUAACCGGCCACGCUUGCAACACCCUUGUAACGAGCUCACUCCUCAAGGCGGUUGGAAUUGGCGCCAACGGGCUAAGCGUCGGAGCUGCCACCGCUGCCAUAAGAUGGGUAACGAAAGACGGGGUAGGCGCUCUCGGUCGAGCUGCCGUGGGCGGGCGGUUUGGAAACCUGCCGGACGAGGACCCUCGCCAAUGGCGCAUGUAUGCAGACUUCAUCACGACCUUCGGCGGGUGCCUCGAGUUGCUGACCCCCCUCGCCCCGGGCAACUUCCUCCUCCUCGCGUCGGUCGGUCACUUGUGCCGGGCCGUGGGGCGGGGCAUGAAAAACCCGUGCUUCCGGGUUAUCCAGAACCACUUCGCGGUUAGCAGUAACUUGGGCAACAUCGCAGCGAAAGAGGACGUCUGGGAAGUGCCCGCCGAACUUCUGGGGCUGGCCACAGGGGUCGCACUCCUGAACUAUUUUGCGAAGGACUAUUGGAGCAUCGUGGGCUGCUGGGGCGUGUGCAUGGUGGCGCACCUUGCGCUGCGGUACAAAUCGAUGCAAGUGCUGCAAUUUAACCAGUUGAAUUACAAGCGUGCCGCAGCGCUGGUGAGAGCACACGUGGCCGGCGAGCAACUUCCAGAUGUGCCCUCGCUCAGUUCCUCCGAGAACCUGCUCUUGCCCCGGUCGCUCUGUCAGCCGCAGCUGCAAUACGGGGCCACUGUCGGAGACCUCAUCCAGUCUCUCGGGGGACCGGAGCAGGUGGGCGAGCUUUUGGAGGCGUAUGGGGAGGAGGACUACGUGCUGCUCUGCUCAGACGCGGCUUUGCCGGCGCCCAACCUGAUGCAAUUCCAGGUUGUGUUGAAGGAGGGAGCCGGGAGCCAGGCGUUCUUGCGCAGUCUGUACCAGGCUGCAUGGUUGCAGAGAACAGACGCGUCGGAUGGGCUCCCGCGUCAUAGAAGUGACGAGAAGCUCCAGUCGUCCAUCCAGUCGCUGCAAGCCAUGCAAGCGGGGUUCGUUUCUUUUAGAGAGGAAGCACAAGGAAAGGGAUGGGAUGUAGAUAAGGUGUUGUACCAGCUUCCGCCUAGCAGCGCGCUGGUAGGUAGUGCGAACUAGUGCGACUUGCAUUCGUGUUGUGCUCGCGGAUUUAGUUGGACGCUGUAGUUCAGCAAGUCAAUUCAACCGAAGUCUUCUGUAUAAGUCUGGAACAACAUUCUCGAGUGAAACUGAUUUAGGUGCCCAUUGUUGGCUGGGAGCGGCGAAAAAGCUUGAGUUUAUAGGUGAGCGUAGAUCUCGAUUGCGGACAGUUGUUGGUACUUGAACGAUUAUUUUAAUGUAUAUGACCAUGUACAUAACGACUCGGUGCAGCUAAGCUUCUGACGAAGCGUUGAUUUGACGUAAUCAUGCAUCGAGGUAUCAAUAGAAUUGAAUCCUA